UCCGAUCGCGGCGCACUGCGGGUUGGUUUGUUUGCCUCGGCCGUGACGGAUGGUGGAAGCUCGGCCGACUGCAGGCGGGGGCGUCUGGAGGCGGAUUCCUCCUCCCUAAAGCCCUGGGGGGCGGGGAGGAGGGAGGCCGGGCCAGUGGCUGGGGAUCGAGCCGCAAAGACUGAGCGCGCGGAGGAGAUGGAGGGCGACGGGGUGCCGUGGGGCGGCGAGCCCGUGUCGGGUCCCGGCCCCGGCGGCGGCGGAAUGAUCCGCGAGCUGAUCCGGGGCUUCGGUCGCUACCGCCGCUACCUGGGUCGGCUGAGGCAGAACCUGCGCGAGACCCAGAAGUUCUUCCGCGACAUCAAGUGCUCCCACAACCACAGUUGUCCCUCCUCCCCCACGGGCGGCGGGGCCGAGCCUGGCCCUGCCGGCGAUGUCGCCGAAACCGGGCUGCCGGCUGGCCAGCUGAGCUGCAUUUCCUUCCCGCCUGAGGAAGAAAAGUACCUCCAGCAGACUGUGGACUGCCUCCCCUGCAUCUUGAUCCUGGGCCAGGACUGUCAUGUCAAGCGCCAGCUGUUGAACCUGCUGUUGGGGAUACAGGUGCUUCCCACCACCAAGCUGGGCAGUCAUAAGAGCUGCAAGUUGCGGCGCCUCCGCUUCACCUAUGGGACUCAGACUCGGGUCAGCCUGGCACUGCCUGGACGUUACGAACUGGUGCACACGCUGGCUGCCCACAAGGGCAACUGGGAGACCAUCCCCGAGGAAGACCUGGAGGUCCAAGAGGACAGUGAAGAUGCUGCUCACGUCUUAGCUGAACUGGAGGUGACGAUGCGCCAUGCUCUCUUACAGGAGGUGGACAUCAUGGUAGCACCAUGCCACGGCCUCCGGCCCGCAGUGGACGUUCUGGGCGACUUGGUGAAUGAUUUCUUGCCUGUGAUAACCUAUGCACUCCAUAAGGAUGAACUCUCUGAGAGGGAUGAGCAAGAGCUUCAGGAAAUCCGAAAGUAUUUCUCCUUUCCUGUGUUCUUUUUCAAAGUGCCAAAGCCAGAGAUAAUAGACUCCUCCCCCAGGAGAGCAGAGAGUGAGAGAGCCCCACUUUAUCGCCAGCUAAUCGACCUGGGCUAUCUCAGUAGCAGUCACUGGAACUGUGUGUCCCCCAGCCAGGAUACGAAACCUCAGAGCAUGUUGGUGGAGCAGGUUGAGAAGCUGCGACACUUGAGUACGUUUUCUCAUCAGGUACUACAGACCCGCCUGGUGGAUGCAGCCACAGCCCUGAACCUGGUACAUUGCCACUGCCUCGAUAUCUUUAUUAACCAGGCCUUCGACAUGCAGCGGGACCUGCAGAUCACUCCUAAACGCCUGGAAUAUACUCGAAAAAAGGAGAAUGAGUUGUAUGAAUCACUCAUGAAUAUUGCCAACCGAAAGCAGGAGGAAAUGAAGGAUAUGAUUGUUGAAACACUUAACACCAUGAAGGAGGAACUUCUAGAAGACGCUACCAACAUGGAAUUUAAAGAUGUCAUUAUCCCUGCAAAUGGAGAACCAGUGGGUACCAGAGAGAUCAAAUGCUGCAUCCGACAGAUCCAGGAACUCAUCAUCUCCCGGCUUAACCAAGCCGUGGCCAACAAGCUGAUCAGCUCGGUGGAUUACCUACGUGAGAGCUUCGUUGGGACCCUGGAGCGCUGUCUGCAGAGCCUGGAGAAGUCUCAGGAUGUCUCUGUUCACAUCACCAGUAAUUAUCUCAAACAGAUCUUGAAUGCCGCCUAUCACGUGGAAGUCACAUUUCACUCGGGGUCCUCUGUUACAAGGAUGCUAUGGGAGCAAAUCAAGCAGAUCAUCCAGCGUAUCACAUGGGUCAGCCCACCUGCCAUCACACUGGAGUGGAAGAGGAAGGUGGCCCAGGAAGCCAUCGAGAGCCUCAGUGCCUCCAAGCUGGCCAAGAGCAUCUGCAGCCAAUUCCGAACUCGGCUCAACAGUUCUCAUGAGGCGUUUGCAGCGUCCUUGCGGCAGCUGGAAGCUGGCCACUCUGGCCGCCUGGAGAAAACCGAGGACCUGUGGCUGAAGGUGCGCAAGGAUCACGCCCCGCGCCUGGCCCGCCUCUCUUUGGAGAGCCGUUCUUUACAGGACGUCCUGCUCCAUCGUAAACCUAAACUGGGACAGGAACUGGGCCGGGGCCAGUAUGGUGUGGUAUACCUGUGUGACAACUGGGGAGGUCACUUCCCUUGUGCCCUCAAGUCCGUUGUCCCUCCAGAUGAGAAGCACUGGAACGAUCUGGCUCUGGAGUUUCACUACAUGAGGUCUCUGCCAAAGCACGAGCGGUUAGUGGAUCUGCACGGCUCUGUCAUCGACUACAACUACGGUGGAGGCUCCAGCAUUGCUGUGCUGCUCAUCAUGGAGCGGCUGCACCGGGACCUCUACACGGGGCUGAAGGCGGGGCUGACCCUAGAGCCACGGUUGCAGAUAGCCCUGGAUGUGGUGGAGGGAAUCCGCUUCCUGCACAGCCAGGGACUGGUUCAUCGUGACAUCAAACUGAAAAAUGUGCUGCUGGAUAAGCAGAACCGGGCCAAGAUUACCGACCUAGGAUUCUGCAAGCCAGAGGCCAUGAUGUCAGGCAGCAUCGUGGGGACACCAAUCCACAUGGCCCCUGAGCUGUUCACAGGGAAGUACGAUAAUUCUGUGGAUGUCUACGCCUUUGGGAUUCUUUUCUGGUAUAUCUGCUCAGGCUCUGUCAAGCUCCCAGAGGCGUUUGAGAGGUGUGCCAGCAAAGACCACCUGUGGAACAAUGUACGGAAAGGAGCCCGUCCAGAACGUCUCCCUAUGUUUGAUGAGGAGUGCUGGCAGUUGAUGGAAGCCUGCUGGGACGGUGACCCCUCUAAGAGGCCGCUCCUGGGCAUCGUCCAGCCCAUGCUCCAGGGCAUCAUGGACCGACUCUGCAAGUCGAGUUGUGAGCAGCCAAACAGAGGACUAGAUGAUUCCACCUGAAAGCAAAGACCUUCCUUUUCAUUAUUUCCUUCCUUCCCCUCACCUUUAGGCCAUGGGGAGAAUUUGACAUUAGUUUGUGAAGAGGAACUCCCAAGGAAAUUGGCACUUGACUGGGCAGCCAGAGGCCUUCCCCAGCAGAGACAGUGAGGAGUUGGAUGGCUGUUGGGGGCGUCGGCAGGUCCCCAGUGUCCCAAGUGAUCCUGACAUCAGAAGAUUGUCUCAAUGUGCAAAAGCUGAAGAAUGGGACAGCUGGGCCUCCGGACCAAGAAGGAGGCAGAGGUUACCAUUGCAUACUCACCAUGUCUGUUCAAGACCACGAGUGGAACUCUGCAGGGGCAAAAGUACUUAAAACUAUCCUUGUCAUGAUUCCAGCUCAGCUAGGGCUAGUCAGAUUCUGCCCAGUGGUCAGGAGUGCUAGAUGGCUAGGCUGAGUCCAGCAUUGUGGGGCCAUGGGGCCCACCUUAGGGAGGCCUGGUUCCUGCUCUCGGGGGCCAGGGGUCCUGGCUGCAGUGGUCAGAGCAGGAAACACAGCUGUGUGCUCCUCCCAGUGCUGGUGUUUACAUUUACAGGGCCUUCUGGGGGAGGGGUUCGCUAUUAGAUCACCUAGAGGCCACAAAAACACAAAGAAAAAAGAAAGUGUGUGCACAUAUAUGUAUAGAAAUAUAAGCUAUGGGAUUUGGAGUUACUGCUAACCUCAGAACAGAAUCUGGUCUGUCAGCCGUUAGAACUCUCCCCACCCUGCACCUUGUGAUCCCUGGAUGGGAAAGCUUCAGGUAACAUGGUACCUGGGAGUGAGCGAGCAGGUCUGGCACUUUGUACAGUGUAUAGAGGAGACUCGAGAAGCAGUAUGAGCUGCGGUACAUGGCCUGCAUACAAACCCACGGGAGGUGCACCAGCUGGCUUUGACAACUAAUCGGAAACUUUUUUGUCUAACAAACUGACAUUUUUAAACCAUGUUCGAUAGGCAUUCUAACCAAGGUUCCUUCUGCAAGUUGUCCCUUCAUACCUUCUUAUAAUGAUAAUCUGUGAGUGGAAGCAAGUUCAGUGGAGGAGUGCUUCUCUGCUGCCACCUGUCAGCAUCGAGAAACCCUCCCUUCCAGGUGGGAGCUGGGGGUGUGACUAGAGAGAGUCUCCUGCAACUUGGGUGGGUGGGAAGACCUGGCUCCAGGCAGAAGCAGGGCACAGUCCUGGAAAACUGUGCCCUGGCCUUGGGGCCUGCUCCCCAGGUGUGUGCAGUGAGUGGCUCCCCUUGCUGCAGGGGUUCCCUAAGUGACUAGGACAGAAUGGCCAUCCAUCCCUGACACACUAACAGUGUAAAUGGAGCCUGUAAAGCAAUUUUAUAUGACGUUUAAAGUUCAGUUUUAAUUCUUUACUCUCUUGGGCUCUGAUUAUGACAUGUCUUGCAGCCCCCAUAGCAAGCCCAUGGAGUGCUAACAUUAUUUUCUUUGCAAACAAUGAAGUGACUGGCCAGGUGCCUUUGGGUUCUAUAGCUCCUGUCUUAGAAUUCUUAUUACGGCUUUAUCUUAGCUUCAAGUCACCCUGUUCUCUUCUGCAUUAACUCCUUGCCCUCCUGGGGUCUGGGGUAGGUCUUCCAGGAAUCCAGAAAGAUGUCAGGUUAAGAAAGGAGAGGUGAGUAGUCUCUGCUUGCCAAAAUCUCAUUUUAGGUCUCUUUCAUAUGACAUUUCACAAGAAGGCUUACAUGGUUGGCUUUUCCCAGACUCUGCAACUCUCACUGCAAUGAGGUAUUUUUACUUCCCAGAGAGAGGACCACCUGAAGUCUUAGCUCACACCCCAUCUAUACUAGGAAGGAUCCAUCUUUUCCCACCCAGGUCCUUUUCCAGUCUCUGCCUUGCCUCCAUGUGCUGGUAGAGGCUGGUUUUUCUGGCCCAGGCCCUGUAGUUUAGGCUCCAUGGCAGGUGGGUCUGAUGCUGAAUGAACAGUUGUUUUACUAUUACUGUUCAUUUUCAAAAGUAUUCUGAGAAAAGGUGCGAAGUAUUCCAUAGUCUCAAGGCCAGCCCAGGUCCACAUACGGAUUCCUGGGGGUGUUAUUUAAGUACUCAGCAGGCUGAGUAGAAGCGCAGAAGUGUAUGACAUGUGUAUACUUUACUUUUAUUUUAUAACAUUGUCAGUUAAUUAAUGGACUCUUCAUUCCUUAGCACCCAUUGUUAUCAAAAUGAUGGGAUGCCAUGAAAUGUACUGUAUAGAAGAUGACUUAGGGAGGCACUAGUUAUUCAGAAGUCUGGUAGCACUUGAGCAGAAGGCUCAGCAUGGCCCAUAUCCUGAAGAGUUUACCUCCAGCUUUGGACACUGGUGCUCCUGCAUGAGGCAGGAAGAAAGCAGCGCAGCAUGAAAGAACACCCCUUGCUGUGUUCUGUUCUUCAAAUUGACUUAAGGAAGUCAGUUUAGCCCCAGCCCAGGAACAAUCACCUGGUGAACAGUCGUGACCUCGUGACCUUGAAGUCUGGCCACUCAGAACCUUAGCUUCAGAACAGAGAGAGGCCUGCUUGCAAACCAGCAAUGGGAAGGCACCUGGAUGGGGUGGGGCUUUGCAGUGCCCCCCCCCCCCUCCGUGCCCAGAAAGCCAGCGGUAGGGUCAGUCGUGGGGUUAUGGACUGCUCGCUGGGAGGUCGGGGUUCCAAGGGCACACGCUGCCCUCCUUCUUCACUCUCUUCAGAGAGGGGCUCCCUAACUGGCAGGCCUUUCACUUCCGGGGAGAAGGACUACUCAUUGUUCCCAGACCAAAGAGAGUCUCUUUUGACUGCGUCAGCUUUAAGGGGAUGAAGCCAAGGCAGCAGGCAGCAGCUGCCUGUGACUUGGAACACUAAGGAAACAGGGAAGAAAGAACCCAUUUCCACUGCACACUGAGUGGGAGGAGGAACUCGAAGCCAAAGAGGGCUUGGAAAACAUUUUUUCCUGAUGGGAAAUGUAACUCAGGGUGGCAGGGCUGUGAAGCAACAACUGCACUGAAUGACGCUUUAGCUUUCAGAAUCUCAUGUCCUCCUGUGAAGCCCAGCAGGACUGGUGAUGACCAUGAUGACCACAGAGCUCUGGGGAGGGAGGGCCCCCACUGGCCAAUCCAGAAAUCUCCCGGGUCCCUCCAGCACCAGAGCAGGAUUAGCCGCCCUGGAAGAGUCACUGCCCAAAGAAUAUUUGUUUUUGCAUUUUCGAAGCUUGCUUUUUGGAUUAGCUGGAUCAAAUAACCAACUUUUUUUUUAAGAGGGGGUUAUCCUAAGUUUGGGAAUGAGAUAAGGUGGAACUAGUGCACUGUCAGCAUGGAUAAGCGCAGGAUGGUUUUGAGACACUUGGUUUGCAAGCCCCUGGAGGCUUCCCCUAGCACUGCUGUUCUCCAGCAGGUUUUCUUUUGCACCCCACUGCCUUGUUAGCAUCCAGUCCAGGGGAGUGGCCACUGUUACUGUGUGGAAACACAGCAACGGAGAGGCCAUCUUGCCCCAAGUUGGACUGGACAGCUUACUGUCUUUUGUCUUCAUGUAAUGGUUUUUAUUUGUUUUAAAGCACUAAUGUUUAUUACAGUGUUAAAUAAAAUUGUAACAUACUAAAUGUGUAGAAUAAAAGUGCAAUAACAGAAGAAAAUUACCUGGCAGGAACUUGGGGCUUUUUACUUUUCCCCCUUCUUGAGCUACCUGGUUCUAUUACAGCAGGACCACGUCAAUCCUGAGAGACACAACUGUGGGUUAAAUCUUUGGUUAAUAUAAUUUUGGAACGACUGGGUUUAGUUUUAUAGAAUAUUCUAUCUACUUCCUAGGAUGCAUAAAUACCAGAUGUGCUGUAUAUAAUAAAGAUCACAUUAACAUCUUAGGUUUA